CACUUCCCACAUGCUUCUGUAAACAUAUCCCCAAAUCACAACCCGCAUCGGAGUCCGAUGAUCGGACCCAUCUCCGGCGAAGACUCAAAGAACAGAUACAAAUUCUCCGAUAUAUGAGUUUCUCCUGCAACAACAACGGCGGAGAAGAUUCAGAGACUCUGCAUCUUCUUCAAAUCACCACCAACAAAAUCCCCAAAGACUCAUUCAACUUAGCCUACACAAUCUACUUCACUCUCGGCGCCACCUUCCUCCUCCCCUGGAACGCUUUCAUCACCGCGGUCGCCUACAAGUCCCUCGGCCUCUUCUCUCUCGUCGUCCCUGUCAUGGAUGUGGUUUACAUCAAGGGCCGCAUCGGGCUCUAUGAUGGGUUCUAUGUGACGGUGGCGGCGGUGGCGAUUUCUGGUGUGGGAAGUGGGUUGGUUCAGGGUGGGAUCGUUGGCGCCGCUGGAGAGGUAUAUUCAGGUUGUCGCCGGUGGGAAUGGGGCUUCAGGUUGUGAAUGAGGAGAAAGAAGAGAAAGGUGUCCUGACCAGGGCGCUAUAGAGGUCAACUUUGUGGGACAUUGUAGGUAGAGUCAAAUGGUGUGGAGUUGUCGGGGUCAUGACCUACUUCGUGAUGUUGGCUAUAUUUCUUGGUUGUGUUACAGAAGAUUUCCAUUCCCAGGUACUAAAGGACUGGUAUCCAAUCCUCCUCAUUACUGGCUACAAUGUGCUCUACCUGCACUCUAUCUCCUUGAGACUCUGAAGGUUGCAUCCGGUGCAUCUUUUGCAAGAUUGUUGUUUUUCCGCUCUUCUUGGGUUGCUUGCACGGUCCUGAAUUGUUCCGAACAGAGAUCCGAGUAACAUUGCUGACUUGUCUUUUGGGCCUUACAAAUGACAACUUGAUCAGUGUCUCAAUGAUUUUGGCUCCCAAAACCGUCCAGCUGCAACAUAAGGAGAUUGCAGGGACUGUGAUUGUUUUGUUCUUGUUUGCUGGCUUGGCGUUCGGUUCAAUUGUGGCUUGGUUUUGGGACUUUUGACUCCUUAGUGGUUUCAUUGUUGAAAUUCAAGCAAGGUGGACGGGCAUUAGGCACAUCACUUCUUAUCCAAGUACUGGUUUCUUUUGCCAUAGUUGUUUUUCUCGGGUAGUCUUUAUAUUUCUUCGGUUAAUUAUAGUGGUGCCUUUGAGAAAAUUUUCAAGGUUGUCAUCAAAGUACAGUUCUUAUUAGUCUAACUCUCUGAGAAUAUGCAACUAAUGCAUAAUCAGUGUUUACAGUUGAAGAUUGGGUUCGGAAGAUUUUGUUUGGUUUGAUUUUUCAAAAAUUAUUUUUAGAUAGGCUUCUGUUUGUGUUUAAUGAACUCUUUUUCAUGUUUUAGUCUUUUUUGUUGGGGGUCUAAACUAGUUUUUGAAAAAUCAAACCAAAUAGAGCGUUAGGGGUUGCGUGAUUCGGAAGAUUCUUCCUAUUUUGGCAAAGUGGUUGAUUUAGAAGAAAAGAAAUUUUGAGCCCUUCAAUGGAGUCAGAAUCAAUUAUAGGAAUUUUGAGCUCUUUUGCUUUAUUUGUAAGAUUCGGUAGAAUUUUUCUUGGUUCAUCUGUUUUUAUAGAUGUAUUUAUAUCUCAAUUACUAAAUUGUGUAAUUUAUCAUUUAUAUAUUAUGUUCCAUUGAGACAAAAGGACAAACAGAGAGCAAUAAACCGAGCUUGUUAUUCAUUUA